AUGCUUCAAAGAGCUCGUGAGUCUCAUACGAAUGUCGACUUUGAAGCACUUUCAACCGGUCCAGAGAAGGGUGGACCAUGGCAACGCGUGGAAACAACCGGUGAAUUCAUCGUGUUUAAACGUCCACCGUCGGCAGAUACCAAAGACAACCGGCUACCAGGACUAGAGGUCAUGUGUGCCGGACAGCUCGAUGCUAGUGCUGAGGAAGUGGCAAGUGUGUUCCGCUCAAACUCCGACGUCGACCACGCCAACACUAUGGAGGGGCUUUACAGCAAGACCUUCAUCUUCGGAUCCCUCGAUCGUGAGGUACCGUGCUCGGGGAAUUCUCAAAAUCAAGACGAUGACUCGAACGCUAACUCGAACGAACAGCUCAAUGUCAAGACCACCAGUUUCUUACGCUCGACACUCUUCGGUCGCAACGAACAAUGGUGCUUCUCGGAUUAUUUAUUACGGUUAGAGGAGAGUGAUGGCUUUAGGAUAACCCAAUGCGCUUUGCCUCCUUUUGAGCCUACUCCCGGUCGAGUGGUAGGAGAGAACGCACCUACCGGACGAUAA